CGGCUGCAACGUAUCGCAAAGGCCUGAUGUUUUGCGUGCUCGGAAAGAGCUUCUUGGCUGUGGCGCCCAUCGUGGCCGGCUGGUGCGACUACACAAUUUACCCGGACCUCACAUUAGUCAACAACAGGUUCGAGCCCCUGUACAGGCGCAGCACGUGGGAAGCCUUUCAGAAGGAACCUGAACACAAUCAUUCUGCAGACCCACAUGUCCGAGCUACACGCCUCACCAGCCACCUGCAUCUCUCGACCAAUAUGCGUGAUGGCUUCUGUCGACACCCUUCCCAGCUUCAGUAUUGCCGAGGCGGCCGUGUCCUUACUGCGGGAAGAGGACGACAAGUUCCGGCUCAUGUUCUCCUCGACGCUGGGCGUCAUGAUAUACGCGGGAGCUGUAGGAGGCGAACAGCCGUCGAGUGCCAACAAGCCCUGCGACUGGUCUUACAUGGAGGACUACGACUUCGUGUGCAAUGACAGCCUGCUCAGCGGCAAACGCCGCUACGACUCGGAUGGCAAGUACGAAUACGUCACCUACGAGGAUUACGACCGUCGGUACUACGUAACCUACGAGUCCAACCGGAGCAUUGCUGAGAAGUACGAAAUGUACAUUCCAAACAUCUCGGAAGGCUGGGCACUGUUCGAGAUCCAGCGUGACGUCGGCGCCAAGUGUUCUCCAUUCGGAUUGAACUACGAGCGCCUGGAAGCCGCACAGAGCAUAGCCCGCAACAGAACUCGCGUUGGGUAAAGCCAGGCUGUGACUCGAAGGACGCACCACUCACCAGGACCGAGCAUUCGGAUGACAUUUUCCGGGGAUGAUGUUUGCUCCUUCUAAGCUUUAGACGCUGUUUUCCAGAAAAUGAUAACUGCAAUUCAUGACGCAUCGCGUUUUGCAGGUUCAAGGUUGAACUGUCUUUCUUAGUAUUACAUUUUUAUAUUCAGUCAUCGUUGGUUUAUUGUAGGUUUUGUUGUAUUGAAAAUGUUCGCGACUGAGAAUCGAAUAAAUACUGCAGAGUAACUUGUGCCUUUUCGCGCAAGACCAGUGGCCCAUAAGCUGUGGAUUUUGUA